AUGAGUUUCAAAGAUAAAGUUGUUCUAGUGACCGGUUCCAGUUCAGGCAUCGGCGCAUCCACUGUCAUUGAGUUCGCUAAAGAGGGGGCUCACGUCAUCAUAGUGGGACGGAACGAGACUAAGCUAGAGGAUGUACGUGAAAAAUGCGAAAAGUACGGCAAGAACCCUCUUGUCAUUAAAGCAGACGUGUCAAAGGACGCUGACGGCAAGAAAAUCGUGGACGAAACUAUAGAGAAGUUCGGCGGAAUCGACGUGUUGGUCAACAACGCUGGGACUGGGGGCAUAGUUGACGUUACCAACGAAAACUUUAUGGAGGGCUACGAUCGCAUCAUCAACGUUAAUCUGCGUGGAGUGGUGUACAUAACCCAUCUAGCUAUACCGCACCUAAUCAAAUCGAAAGGGAAUAUCAUUAACAUAUCUAGUGUGGCUGGUACUAAUACCGUUGGUAACGCAGAUUUAAUCGCAUACAAUAUGUCCAAGGCAGGCCUUAACCACUUCACCCGGUGCGCUGCGUUGAAACUAGCUAGCUACGGUGUCCGGGUCAACACCAUUAGUCCGGGGCCAGUCCGAACGGACAUAAUUAAGCACCCUACUAUGGAAUCCAUAACGUGGGAACAUAUCAGUGAAAAGACCGCUUUGAAACGUGUAAGUGAACCUGUGGAAAUCGCAGAUCUGAUCUUAUUCCUAGCAAGUGAAAAAGCAAAAGGCGUCACCGGUUCCAACUUCGUAUCGGACAACGGUAUGAUGAUUUUAAAC